AUGAUGAACAAUUGGAAUCGAAACCGAGAUGUUUCAUCAGAAGAUCAAAGUGAUUUAUCAAAUAAAUCAAUAUCAUCAUCAUAUAAAAAACGUCAACAAUUAUCAACAUUAUUUAAUAAAACAGCUGAUAUUGAUGAUUCACUAUUUAGUCGACAUUUCUUUACUUUAUACCAAAAAUUAUGUCAGAAGAUGAAUUACGAAAUGCAUUUGAAAUUCAUGAAAUAUGGUUCAAUAAUUAAUAUAAAAGUUAUUAAAGAUAAAUUAACAGGUGAAAAUAAAGAUUAUAAACCAAAAUUUGCUGAACCAUUUUCAUCAAAACAUCAUUGUGAUAAUGAAGAUACAUUACCAACACCAGCUUCAAUUUAUGAUGCCAUUUCACCUCUGUAUCGUCAAAAAAUUUCAUCAACUAAACAAUAUUUACCACUAUCAACAUGUUCAUUAUCUAAUAUUGAAUCAAAUUAA